AUACCCCUAAUUAGAUCACAAUUUUCUUUCCACCCCUUGUCUCUUUGCGAUCGACGAGGCAUCACUUUGUGCAACAAUGGCAUCAAGCAAGUUGGGAACCCACACCCUUAUCUCUGCAAACCUUCCACAGAAUCCAAGCACAACUUGCAAACAAUUAAUGCUAAAAAACAACAGUAUCUGACACUUAUUGGAGAUUCAAAAAUGGGGUUUCCGUUGGUGGGUUCGCGUGUUUCUCAUUUUCUGACGAGGAAUUUUGAUGACAAGAGUAUAAAGUUUCGCUCUUUUAGUGGAAAUGAGAGGUUAGGCGUUAGUGUCGGAUGUUCAAAGUUUAAGCCUUACCCAAGAAGGAUUUCGCUGUGUAAGAGUGAAUUGGUCGACUUUGAUGAGAGAACAAGCCCAGAUGAAAUCAGAAAAGAAAUAGGGCAAUGCUAUGAACUCAUACAGAGACUUGGAAGGGGAGUUGUGUAUCUGGGUUCUUCAAGAAUGGGACCAGAUCAUCCACAUUACUUGAAAGCAUGGGAGUUGGGCAGAGAGGUUGCUAAGCUUUUGGACUGUACUUCAUGGACGGGAGCUGGUCCAGGCCUAAUGGAUGCAGCUACUAAAGGCGCGUUGGAAGCAGGAAAACCUGUUGGUGGAUUUAAGAUUGACAGAGAAGCUGGUGAAUGGACAGCCUCAAAUUUUCAUCCUUUCCUGUCAUCCAAAACUUAUCUUACAUGCAGGUUUUUCUCUGCAAGAAAGCAUGGUUUGGUGGAUGCUGCAGUUAGGAAUUUUAGUUCUGAGAGGACUGCGGUAGUUGCUCUCCCUGGUGGAAUCGGAACUCUAGACGAGAUGUUCGAGAUUUUAGCCCUGAUUCAGCUAGAAAGGAUUGGAUCAAAGCUUCCAGUCCCCUUUAUUGUGAUGAAUUAUGACUCAUUCUACCAGAAGCUCUUAGACUUCAUUCAAAAUUGUGAGGAUUGGGGUACUGUCUCCAGAGGAGAGGUUACAUCACUAUGGAAGAUAUGCAACAGUAACUCGGAAGCAUUGGCCUACUUGACAGAUUUCUACAAUCUCCAUUCUUCUAGCUAGUGAGAUAAGGCAAGCAAGAUAAGAAUUUUUCAAUUGCUCAUUGAAUAAUUCCUUAAAAAGUUCAAAAAGAAUUAAAUUUUCAUAAUAUUAUUUUCAAUAUUAUGCAAUUGCAUGUGCAAAAUACCGAAAUAAAAAUGGAAUAUGGUACACCCUGAGUGGUCGAAGCUAUUGUAGAAUUCAGAAAUGCAUGUCAUGCAUUAUUCAGAAAAUGAAGGUUUGGACGUAUUACUUUGCAAUGUAGAAUUUGGUUUUUA